AUGUCGAUUAGUUCAGCCACUCGCUGUUGCAUGUCACCUCUGCAUCGCACUUCACCUUGCCGCUCCAUUUUUGUUACACCAAAUUGUAAGCCCUUUCUCCCUAGCCACGCUCCGAGCCUAAGCCUCGUUUUGGUUCGGUCCCAGUCCUCCGGUUCGGAAGGGUUUACUUCGCCCAAGAUACCCUCCAAUUGUUCAUCUUCCUCCUCUGCCAUCGAUUUUCUCACUCUCUGCCACAAGCUCAAGACCACCAAGAGGAAAGGAUGGGUUAAUCAUGGGAUAAAGGGUGCUGAGUCCAUAGCUGAUCAUAUGUAUCGCAUGGCUUUGAUGUCCUUAAUUGCCGCUGAUCUUCCUGGACUCAGUAGAGAAAGAUGUAUUAAAAUAGCUCUCGUGCAUGAUAUUGCAGAAGCUAUUGUUGGAGAUAUAACACCAUCUGAUGGUGUACCUAAGGCUGAAAAAAGCCGAAUGGAGCAAGAAGCUUUAGACAAAAUGUGUGAAGUUCUUGGUGGAGGGAUGAGAGCUGAUGAGAUCAAAGAACUGUGGGCAGAGUAUGAAAACAAUUCUUCUUUAGAGGCUAAUGUUGUUAAAGAUUUUGACAAGGUUGAAAUGAUUCUACAAGCCUUAGAAUAUGAAAUGGAGCAUGGGAAAGUAUUGGAUGAAUUUUUCAUUUCAACCGCAGGCAAGUUUCAAACUGAAAUAGGCAAGAGUUGGGCAGCCGAAAUCAUUUCAAGAAGAAAAUCCUUAACAGCAAAAAGGUUAAGUUGA